UCACAUAAAAAAGGAGCAAAGAGAGCAGGAGGGAGGAGAGCAGAAGUGAGCCUGAGGAGGCAGCAGCAGCUGAGAACUGCACUUGGACCUGUGCUGUGGGACCAGAUUCAUCUCCGUUGGCAGAUUGCUAUGACCCAACCACAAAUGGCUCCCAUUUGUCUUGUGGAAAACCACAAUGAACAGCUGUCCGUGAACCAGGAAGCCAUAGAAGUUCUGAACAAGAUUUCUCAGCCAGUGGUAGUCGUGGCUAUUGUUGGAUUGUACCGUACAGGGAAGUCCUAUUUGAUGAACUGUCUGGCAGGACAGAAUCACGGCUUCCCUCUGGGCUCCACCGUGCAGUCUCAGACCAAGGGCAUCUGGAUGUGGUGCAUGCCACACCCCACCAAGCCAGAGCACACCCUGGUCCUCCUGGACACCGAGGGCCUGGGGGAUGUGGAAAAGGGUAAUCCUAAAAACGACUCAUGGAUCUUCGCCCUAAGUGUGCUUCUGAGCAGCACCUUCGUCUACAACAGCAUGUGCACCAUCAACCACCAGGCCCUGGAGCAGCUGCAUUAUGUCACAGAACUCACAGAGCUGAUCAGAGUAAAGUCUUCUCCAAAUCCCAAUGGAAUAAAGAAUUCCACAGAAUUUGUGAGUUUCUUUCCAGACUUUGUCUGGAUUGUUCGGGAUUUCAUGCUGGAGCUGAAGUUAAAUGGGGAAGACAUCACAAGUGAUGACUACCUGGAGAAUGCCCUGAAGCUGAUCCCAGGUACAGGGAAGGCUAGAGUGGGAUGGCUGGGGAGAGAGGGCUAG